AUGACCCCUUCCGAAUACAUGGCUGACCCGCCCCCGGGAUAUCACCGACAUACGAUUAAUCCGCCGAACCUCCACCAAGGCCUCAGACUCGUCGGCGUAUCAACAACACUGUUCGCGGUUGUCUCCGUGGCUCUACGGCUGUUCACGCGGCUGCGCGUGACCAGAAACGGUAUCCAGCUUGACGACUACAUGAUCAUUGGUGCGCUGCUGUGCAGUCUUGUUCUGCUUUGCUCAAACUUUCCGCACAUGAGUGCAGGCCUGGGCUACCAUCUCUGGGACGUUACAGCUGAUGACUUCAUGGCCCCCUUCCAGAAGUGGACACUUGCAGGAACAAUUUUAUACGCAUCCAGUCUUGCUUUCACGAAGGUUUCGAUCCUGUUCUUCUAUAUCCGUCUAGCACCGCAGAAGUGGUUUCGUUCACUGGUACGCAUACUUCUUACUGUUGUUGUGGCCUACGGAACAGCCUACAUCACAGCCUGCGUUUUUGGGUGCAACCCAAUUGCUGCAAGUUGGGAUUUGAGGCUUGCGCCCGAAGCUCACUGCUUCGACCAAUACACCAAGUACAUGGCUCUUUCGAUCCUGAAUAUUGUUAUUGAUUUGCUAGUUCUGAUCCUGCCAAUCCCUGUGGUACUACCACUCCAUAUGCCUCCCAGACAGAAAAUAUCUGUGUGUCUAGUCUUCGCUACCGGUAGCUUUGUUUGUGCCGUCGCUGUUCGCCGCACUGUGAUGCUAGCUCCCUUGAUGGCUUCGACAGACUAUACUUGGGAUGCAGUGGAGCAGUUUAAAUGGUGCUUCACCGAAGUAAACCUGGCAAUAGUCUGUGCAUGCGCUCCUGCUCUGAAACCCCUUUUUGCACGCUCCUUCUGGCCUACGGACCCCACCUCUAGGCUGCAACUACCCAGCCAUUCCGCGGACGAAGCAUCUCGACUGGGCCGCGGCUUCAUCGGCUUCGAUGACGAAACGACUUACUCUGAGGAUAGCUCAAUUUAUCAGGACUGGUACGACGACCGUCUCGAGGAGCCCCCCAUUGAUGAUGAAACGAGGCUUUGGAGGAACAUCAUGGGUGGGAGAGGUGCGUUCACAACUACUAUCACAGCUGGCGAAGACAGCGUAUCACUUUCCAACAUUUCAGGGAAGAUAAAAUCCCUUCUUCAGGGAAAAUUAGGAUACCAGUCCUUAAAGCGCAUACACAUUAGGUCCGAAACUAGUGUCACAUACGAAUCGUUACCAAAGUCUUUGUGA